ACUCUAAGGCCCUAAUGAAGUAAACAGACAGUAUAUUUUGUAUAUUUUUUGGCUUUUUGGUGGAGUAAAUAAAAGCGUGUUUUUUUUAAACUAUUAAUUGUUAGUAAUGAAUAAUUGCGUAAAGUAGGAAUUCGGAAAACCUCAGAUCCACUGAAAUCGUCUAAAAACGGGAAAUACAAUAUCUUACGUCUGCAUCUUAGUGCAAAACGUAAAAAAUAAAUUCCCAUGAAGACAAAACAGCUAAAAAAACACCGGGAAGUCGUGACACAGAUAAAAAAAAUAACAAGUUGUUCACUUUCAACAAAAAACCGCGCGAAAUCGUCUCGCGGCGCGGCGCGGAGCCGACCGUCGUUUUUCCGAUUUGAAAGUGAGUGGCGAUUCCAAGUACCAGGGCGUCAGAUUCUCGAGGAGCUCGAUUAGAUGCCUUCUACAUACCUUUUGCUUGCGUCGGUGAUAUUCCAUUGUCGACUUUGGCAGUGAGGUGUUGCCCGCCGGGCGAUGCUGGGCGGGGCGGCGGGGGGCGCGCGCUCCCGCCCGCCCUCUGAUCUCCAACAAGGUGUAUCUCGAUUCCCGCUCUACUCGUUGUUCCCGACACAAGGAGCGAAUCGACCCACAAUACAUAAAGUGACGGAGAGCCUGUUCUCCACAUCGCUGUCGACUUUCGGCGUGCCCACGCCGCCGCCGAACUCGCCCUACUCGCCGCUGCAACUGGAGGUGCUCAACUGCUCGCAGCGGCUGGUGCUCGCUGACAAGGAGCCUAAUAAGAUGGAUGAGGCGAAACUCGGCAAGUGUAUGCCCGAGCUGUGCUGUCCAGGGGACCGACAGGUCAUCGACGGCUUGUCCAUGAUGCAGCCGCUCACCAUCAAGACGGAGCAGGCGAAGAGGUCCUGCAACACGUGCCUAACUAAUUCACCCAAAAAGGUUAUCCACUCGGACGGUGGAUGCAGCCGCACCAACCCGGUGACGUGGCUCGGCGUGGCCGGCCAGAACGUACAGGUGCAAGUCAAACGAGAGCCACAGCAGCUGCAUAUGUCUGAGCUGGUGGCCGUCAAACUGGAGCAGGCUUCUCCAGGGAACAAGCCUGAGCAUCCGCCGAUACCAGCGUCUCUUAACAAUGGUUCGAUUCCCGUUGGCAUUGCGGUUGCCCGUCAAAGGGUCGGCGAUGCAGGCCUUCUAGCCGCCCUUUCACAAAAAGACAAUCAGCAACGAAUGCACGAUAUCGGCGCGACGUCAUACUGUUGUCAUCCCGCAGACGCGGCGCAGGCGGCCAUGACGGUCGGCGUGGCGAACGUGCUCUGCGACGACCGCCCCACGCCCCUAGCGUGGCCCGCGCCAUCCGCCGCGCCCCCCGCACCCCUCUGGCAGUACCCCACCGCUCAAGUUUCAAUGGAGAGCAUGAUGGUGGGCGGCGUCGGUGUAGGCGGAGUGGGUUCCGUGGGCGGGGGAGUGGGUUCCGUAGGUGGGUUCCAACUGGUCCGUGAACCAACAUCGGGGGCCUUGCUACUCCUGCCCACACCGCCGGAUCUUCAACACGCGGUCGUCUGGGGCGGGAUGCCGUACCCAUCUGCACCACUUCUCUUACCACCAGCACCUCAUCCCUCGCAUCAUCUCCAGCUGCUACCCGGAGAUCUGCUCGCGUCGACGGCAACGUUACAACACACGCAUACUCAUUCUACCCGAUUAGUGACCUUAGCGCCAGCACCCGCUCCUCAACCGCACCCAACCCACGCCGACAAAAGGAAACCUAUCAUACAACCGCUCAUAACGCCACACGCAUUAAUAAAAAUAGAACCGGAACCGCCGCAGGAGAAACCUCAGCCUACCUUCGCGCCAGAACCAGUCCAACAACCAAUGUUGGCGACGCAUUUGUAUUACCAACCUGAUUAUUCAGACCAGGUUUGCAGGAGCCAAGCUACAUCUCCAGCCGCACCACCCACUCCUCCCCCGGAAGCGCCUGAAGGUCCAGCGCACAAAGACGCUUCCAACCAAACGGACCAUAUCGACGAUGAAGACGAAUCACCGAAUCAUGCCGACGAAGACGAGAGAGAUGUUGCUUGCGUGGGUGUUGCGCAUUUUCCUGAAGACUCCAUUAUCCAAACACAAACAACGCUGUUGCAACCCGCUCCAAUAGACAGUGCGGAAGAUUCUUCUUCUGAAGGGAUGGCGACCUCGGCUGUUGUUGGAGCAGUGGAGAAGGCUAUUGAUGCGAUCGAAAGAGACGAAGCUAUGGGAGACAGUUCUAGUAGUGGGGGCUCUCAUGAUUUAGUGAUAGACACAGCUAGUACGUCUCCAGUGCCACAACAGAGUCGACCGCCGGUAGACGUUAGUGGUUUAGAACUUUUGUCAAAUAGUAUUGAGCAAUUCGAGAGAACUACUCCUAGCAGCUGCAUGCCUGCACUAGAACCAGUGCCUUUGACUGUGGACACCAGAACCACGUCUAAAUUAAAUAUAUUGAUAAAAAGUUCGCCUAAAUCUCCACCAAGAACAGAAGCCGAACAACACGCAAGAUUCGAAUAUCCUCCUGUGGAACCAAGCACAAGCGAGACCUCCAAACAAUCUUUCGACGGAUUGGGUCUUUUGUGCGCGUUAGCUGAGCAAAGAUUUAUGGAAGAGGUGGAGAACCCACCUGCGGGUUGUGCUCCGGCCUCCCGUCCUUUUAUAAAAAGUGAGCUAUUAAGUCCAACAGACAUAGACAGGGCUAAAGAGAUGAAAAGAGAGAAACAUAGACAUAGAGAUGACGACUCUUCAAGUGAGAGACGGAGAAAGAGAAGCCAUGACAGGACGGAGAGACUGCGGCAUAAGAUAGAAAAGAUGAGGCGGCACAAGAGAGAAAGAGAUCAAGAUGAAGCCAGAUCAAACGGGGGCGAAAUAGAAGCGAGCUUGCGACGGGUCACAGCUUGCGCUUGUGGCGUGUCUGACUGUUCGCACGUACCGGCUGUGCCUUCAGCUCAAGCGUUAGUGAACGCUAUCGAAAAAGAUAUGCGGGAAACUUUAGAAGAUCUACAACGUCAGUGCGAUGAGAAGAGAGCUCAGUUGGACGCAUUGACGCCGCCCCUCCUUGCCUUAUCCACACCUCCGACGCCUUCCACUCCUGCUCUGUCUCCUAAUUCCGAUAGAGGUUCCUCUAAAAAGAGGAAAGUCGGAAGACCCAGAAAGGUCUCCAGUCCAGAUUCUACCGAGACCAUAGUAGCUAAGAAGCCGAAAUCGAAGAGCAGUCUUGUUGGUUAUUUGCUAGCUAAAGGAAAGUUGAAAGGGGGUAUAUUGUGCACUCGUGGUGAGCCCUCGAGGGAGGACGCUCAUCGCACGAGCAAAGUCCGCCCGAAGUUGAAAGCCGAGCCAAUUUUGAAGGUGUGUUCUGAGGAGGAAGAGAACGAAUGGGGCCUUAAUAGAUCAGCUAGUUCCUCAAUGGAGAGUUUGAACGAAGUCAGACAGAAGAACAGGGAAAAAGUUGAUCGUUUGGUGCGAAAACAUUCUAGGGACGAUUUACCCGAGUUAGAGUUUGCGGUGCGCCGCGCGAGUGCUUCCAGUGACAGUGAUAAAGAGAGGCGUCGUGCCAAAAAGAGACGGAAGAGUGUUAAGUCGAAAGAGAGAUCUGAUGAUAACGCGAAAGCUCAGCCUGCUGAGAAUGUGUUGCAGCAAGCUUCGAUAUGUACUUUAACCGAGGAUAAGCUGGACUCUUCGCCGCGAGUGUUGACUGCGAUGGGCGGUUUGUUUUACGCGGGCAAGUUGAGUGCGGUGCAGGCGCCAGAUGUGUACGCUAUCACGCUGGACGGCGAGAGGGGAAACAAGCCUCAUAUACUGUCGAGAGAAGAAACUCUAAGAGACGCUAUCCUGGAAGUGAGCCCCACAUCCGUGUCGGAUCUCUCCCCCGGUGCCCGCGUAUGCGCAUACUGGUCGCAGCAGUACCGCUGCCUGUACCCCGGUACUGUGGCAGUGGCGUCUCCGGACCCGAGACAUGACAACUUCGUGGCCGUGGAAUUCGACGAUGGCGAUUCUGGAAGGAUAGCGAUUGAAGAUAUAAGAUUCUUGGAGCCGAAUUACCCUGUCGUCGAAUACGAAAAUCCUUUAUUCACUUUGGGCAAAAGAAGAAGAAACACUAGCGUCACAGAAGACAAAAGAGCGACCGCUCCCACAAGCAAUGAACCAAAACCGUCCACAUCAGAAAAACCUGACGAAGAAGAGCACCACAAAGACAGAAAGAAGCUCAAAAAGCAUCGGAAGGACAAAAUCAAGAGGCACUCCAGCGAAGACGACCCAUCAGACUACGUCAAAAAGAAAAAGAAGAAGCACAAGUGUUGCGAAGAACACUGCAAGCACAGAAGACAUCACAAGAAACAUCACAGGAAGCACAGAAAACGACACCACUCGAAUUCGAAAGAACACUCGAGUUCUUCCGGCGAAGAUAAUCAAAGACAAAAGUCUUCUUCAGAUUACAUCGAUUCUAACAAAUCUAAUGAAGAUUCCGGUGAUUCUAACGAUAGGUUGUCCACUCUGAUUGCUUGUGAGAAAUCUCCAGAUGAGAAAAUGAAGACGGUUAUUAAAAAAGCGGUGUUGUCCAAGAAGAGUUUGGUGAAGAACGCAGUUUUGGACUUCAGCAAUUUGGGUAAAAUGGUUGCCAAGAAAGACGAGGAAGCGAAGGAUAACUUGAAAGAUAGCGGGAUUUGCUUAGAGGAAGACGCUUCUACCAGUGAUGCAGUUAAAAAGAAGAAACGCAGAACCGUAUCAUCGUCCUCCGACGGCCCCGGAGCCAGUGGUGUGAGCAAGAUGGCAGCAUUCCUGCCGGGCGCGGCUCUGUGGCGUUGGAGCGGGACGGCGUAUAGGCGCGCCGCCAGGCCGAGGCUGCGCAAGCUGUUCUAUCGCGCGAUACAACGCGGCGACGAAACAUUGCGCGUGGGUGAAGCAGCCGUUUUCCUUUCGACUGGCCGCGCAGACCGGCCAUAUAUCGGUCGGAUAGUGGCUCUAUGGGAAGCUCGCGGGGCCAUGGCCGUGAGGGUCAAAUGGUUCUAUCACCCUGAGGAGACCAGCGGCUGCCACCAAUUGCAAUAUCCGGGUGGCCUAUUCGAAUCACCACACACUGACGAGAACGACGUACAGACAAUAUCGCACAAAUGCGAAGUGUUGCCGCUCGCACAAUACAAGGAGCGCAUGGGCGAUGACCCAGUGAAAUAUAGCACAGUCUAUGACAACAACGACGUUUACUACUUAGCCGGACACUACGAUCCCACACAGCAAACCCUCAAAAUGGAACCGGACAUACCGUUCGCAAACAACCCGAACUCCUAAAGCGUUAUGCCGCCCUAGUACUUCGCAGCGCAACGACGAGGUUAGAGACAUCGGUAAAUUUUUACUUCACUUUGGCCUCGAAGGUCAUUCACCUUUUCGUGCCACACACAGCUGAGCAUGGCGUUCGGAACAACUUCUCGAUGUCAUGGUUGCCUGGUAGUUCAUAAGUACAACGUCCCGGUCAAGGGCAGCGGUUAUAAAAUCUGUACAAUAAUAAUAAUAAGAAAAGUCCUACUAUCCACAUAAAAUGGUUAUUUUAUCACAAAUUCGGUUUGUAGACAGGAUCAAAUAAAUAGUCUUGUUUUGCUGAAAGACAAGAGUUUCUCUAAUAUUAACAAUAUUUAUUAAGCCAAGUUACUCAGUGACUAAUAAAAGAAGUUUAUUACAUUGCAAUAAAAUCAUCUUGAUAAUUUUAAAUACAUAAUUUAAAAUAAACAAAAUACUUUUACACAUCUCGAUGUUAGUGUGUUCAGUAGAUUCUUUCGCGAUCUAUAUUUACUUCUCACUGGGGUAUUGGGAGUUAGCUUGAAUAUUCACAAUACAGGUCCUUACAUAAAGUACAAUUGAUAGAUUUUUCGAGGCUCAAUUUAUAACAUUUUUCACACUUACCGUCUUCGGAGGCGAUUAAUAUACGAACUUACUGAUCAUUAUGUUGAAGUUACCCUUGUUACGUUAUUUUAGUGGUAUCCCGUUUGGAAUGUUGAUUUUUCUCUAUAUUGAAUUGGGCCGAGUUCUUGCAUGGUGGUUGCGAUAAUAGACUUUCUUCUGAUUGAUUGAGGUCGAGAAUCGAGUGGCCGAGACGCGGUGAUGAUUUGUGAUUUAAUUUAUAUUACGCGUAACGCUGUAGGUAAUCUCAGUGUAUAGUUAGUUGUAUUCUAUCAUGUAUAAAUAUUAUUAUUCAAUUAGAUUUUUUAUGUAUACCGUAGUUUUUCUUCGUAUAAAUGUCUAUUAUAUUUAAAUGCAAUAAUUUCUAAACUAGUCCUUUUAUAUUUUAUUCAAAAUUAACCGGUGAUUGGUGGUCUAAGUGUUUUGAAAAGGGAAUCGAUGAAUAUAUUAGUUUGGGAAAGAAAAAUUAAACUUGUACUAUGUCGCAUGAAUAUUUCUCCGAGAUUUUGUUAUAUUUUCUUGUUUUCACACUGAUUUUUUAUAUAUUAUUGUUUGAUAAUUUUAUGUUAAAAUUGAGUAUACCUUUAUAUCGAAAUGGUGCUAGACGCUUAAUUCUGCUCGUUUUAUUUUUCGGUGUAGUUUAAGACUGUAUAUAAGUAAAUCUUUAAGCCGUUGGUAUGUAAGUUUCGCCAGUGAUACGGCGUUUCCGCUUUAUCUAAUGUUGCCAUUUUAUAUGUAUUCUUUUUGUGUAUAAUUUAGACAGGGUGCGACGGGCCCUGUUUUUUUUUAACCUUAUAUUCAUAUCGAAAUGAAGGGACUGAAGGACAGGGAUACGCGGAAGGUGAUCGAUUAGGUAGGUUUUGUACGGAAUGAAUAAUAAUGUUUGUAAGAAAAGUCGAAAGAAAUGUUUCAGCCCUAAACAGCUAAAACAGAGAACUCUAGUGUUGUAUAAUAUUUGUAUAAGCUUCGUUAAAGUUCGUUUAAUGAUUUCAAUAUAAAUGUUGCCAACUUGUUUGCGUGCAUCGUACUUUUUUUUGUUAUUAUCGUAUACCCUUAGAUUUAAGUUUGAAAAUUAAGUUCUAAUUUUAAGAUUAAACGGUUUCUUUUUUAAAUUAGUGGAGUAUAAAAUCAACGCAUAUUAUUGGAAACUAAAAUUUAAGAAAAAAUAUAAUUGAGAAUUAGAAAACACAAAAAAACAUGCAUAAAAGUGCGAAUUUGAAAACAAUAUUUAGAAGAAGGUAUUUUUAUAUUAUGGUGAAGUAUCUUUUUUAUUUUUAAAGUGAAGUACCUAUGUAUUUGAUGCAAAGUUAUUAUUAUUACAUAAGUACAAACUUGUUGAAGGACGAUAAAUUUGGCUCGGCCCAGUGUUUGUAUACUAACGAUUCGGUUGAAUUCGUCGAAUCUUAAAACAGCCUUAUUAUUAAACUUAAGGGGGUUAAAACACGACCCAAUUGCGGCAGUAUCCUAGCGGGCCUAGGUAUCUGAUUGAGAUAAGAUUUGUACAGGCCAGAUAAAAAAUAUUUAUUUAUUUAAAAAAGUUAAGAAAUUAUUAAUUAUCUUUAAAAAUUACAU